UUCCGCCACUUGGCGCGUUAGAAUUGACGCGGACAUCGCGCGAUUUCGAUCCAACUUCCGCUAAAGUGAGCUUCUAAGUUCGGUGUCAAGGUGUGGUGCGGAUGAAAACAGUGCGGUUCGAUCUCAGUUUAAAGAAAAACGAUCCAAGAACGGCUACGCCAUGUUGUUCCUGGCCGUGACAGCGUGUCUGGCCGUCGCGGUUCAGGCCGGAUGCCCCAUGCGACCGACCGCGGAACAAACUUCCGCAAAGAGGACCGUGGGCGAUGGCGGCUACAAGAUCCUUGUUAGCGGAGAGGCCGACAGAUACAUUCCGAAUGCCGUGUACACGAUCAGUUUGCAAGGGUCGAGGACUCACGAGAGGCUGCAACAAUUCACGCGUUUCACGCUCUCGGUGCACUCGCAACACGCCCCGAAUAAUCCCGCAGCUCGAGUAGGAUACUUCCAGCUAUUCCCGGACUCUCUGACCACCUUCAACGAGGACUGCGUCAACACCAUCUCCGAGGCCUCCGGUCUCCCCAAAUCGGAGAUCCAAGUGAUGUGGAAGGCACCGCCGUCCGGAUCAGGAUGCGUUAUCUUUACGGCCAUGGUUCUGGAGAAUAACGUACGAUGGUACGCCGAGGACGGCGGUCUUACGAAGACCUUCUGCGAGAUGGGACCUCAAGAGGUGGAGAUCCUCGACGUCGACAAGUGUUGCGCCUGCGACGAGGCCAAAUACUCGUUGACUAUGGAGGGAAUCUGGUCGAACGUGACCCACCCGAAGGAUUUCCCGUUCUCGGCCUGGUUGACCCAUUUGAGCGACGUGAUCGGCGCGUCCCACGAUCCGAGCUUCUCCUUUUGGGGCAAAGACCACGUAGCCACCGAUGGCUUCCGGCAAUUGGCCGAGUGGGGCUCGAUAUCGGGGGUGGAGAACGAGCUCAGAGCUAAUUCGAAUAAAUUGAGGACACUGAUCAAGGCCGCCGGCCUUUGGUACCCGAACGUAAACACCAACACAACCACCAGCUUCAGGGUGGACAAGAAGCACCCCAUGUUGUCCGUGGCCUCCAUGCUGGGACCGUCUCCCGACUGGGUGGUGGGCGUCAGCAAGCUGAGUCUCUGCAGAAAGGACUGCACCUGGACGAAAAGCGAGAUAAUCGAUCUGUACCCGUGGGACGCGGGCACCGACAACGGGAUCACCUACAUGUCGCCCAACUCCGAAACGAUACCGCGCGAGAAGAUGAAGCCUAUCACGACCUUGUACCCCGAGGACCCCAGAUCGCCCUUCUACGACCCGAGCGGGAAACCUAUGCUGCCUUUGGCCAGGCUCUACUUGAACAGGGAGAAGAUAGUACCGAAGAGCUGCGACGAGGAGACCCUUCAGCAGCAGGUCACGCAACUCGAGGUCGCCGAGAACACGGAGGACAGCUCGAGACCUGAGUGUCGUACUUCGGACUACACGCCAUGGUCGACAUGCUCGGUGAGUUGCGGCAAAGGGCUCAGAAUGCGUACCAGGACCUACUUGAUGUCGGAGAAGGCCGUCAUGUUCAAUUGCAACAGACAGCUGGUGUCGAAGGAGAUGUGCGUGUCAGAGGUUCCGGAAUGUCCAGGCGAGGAGGAACCGGAAGUGGGCGACGUCUUGCUCGCCGCAAACAACGCUUUCUGCGGGACCACGGAAUGGUCCGCGUGGUCCGAGUGCUCCUCAACGUGCGGAGUCGGGAUGAAGUUGAGAACGAGAAAGUUCACGGACCGAAUGGGUCGUAAAAAGUGUCCUCACGUAACCGUCAUGGAGAAAGAGAAGUGUAUGGAGCCACCCUGCCCAUCCGACUUGGAGGAACAAAUUGAUCCUACGUGCAAGGUCACCGACUGGUCCUAUUGGUCGCCGUGCAGUGCUUCCUGCGGAAAGGGGGUGAAGUUGAGGACCAGGCUCCUGAUGGUCGAGCCGUCCAAGCAACAGAAAUGUUCGUCCAAGAUGGAACUGUUGCAGCAACGGCCGUGUUUGGAACAGGCUGACUGCACCUUCGACAUGGCAACCGCGAAAGUGGUUUGCAUGGAGGAAACGGAUCCUGGGCCUUGCAGAGGAUACUUCCAAAGGUGGGCGUUCGUUCCACAGAAACUGAUGUGCGUACCUUUCGGCUACGGUGGCUGUCGCGGUAACAGGAACAAUUUCUUGACCGCGGAAGAGUGCACCAACACGUGUGGUAUCGUCCGCGCGAUUCUUACUGGGGAGCCCUUGAACUCUACUAGUUCUCAGCAAUCGUUUCAGUCCCCAGCGUCUGUGAACUGCGUCGUGACAAACUGGACCCCUUGGUCACCCUGUAGCGUCACUUGUGACACAGGUCGUGUCACCAGCUAUCGUACAAUCAAGCAAGAAGCACAGAACGGUGGACACCCCUGUCCCAAGAAGUUGCAACGUCGUUCUCGAUGUCAACUCGCACCCUGCGAGUAGCACACACUGUAAACGCGAAUUCAAAACAAUACAUUUAUCUUCGAACGAGUACAGUGACCAGUUGAAAAACCGAGACAAAUUUUAGAUGUAAUUUUUCUACGAGAUGCUGGGUAUGAAAUAAACCGAUGUAUCAG